GGCCAGUGAGCUCGCUAGCAUCUUAGCCCCCUUCACCGACCGAGCGCAUCCUGCUCAGGAUGAUACUGUCGCCAAGGGAUUCGACGCUAUUCCUGCUUUUAUUUCUGACACGGAAGUUGCAGAGACAGAGCAGGAGGAGCGGCACGAGGUUGAAGAGAACAAGACGAGUGUAA